AUGGCUAUGUCUGCAGCCGGAGUGAACGAUAUCGCAGCUUGGAUACUCCUCGCGCUUGCGAUUGCUCUCUCGGGAGAUGACAGUUCUCCUCCUGUACCCCUCUUUGGUAGGGCUGGUUGUGGCAAUCAAACCUCUCCUUGGUUAUAUGGCUUGACGCUGUCCCCCGAAGGAGAGCCUGUGAAGGAACUCUAUGUCUGUGUCACUCUAACCUUGGUUUUAGCGGCGAGCUUUGUGACAGACACUAUUGGGAUACACGCGCUGUUCGGGGUGUGUGUUGUAGGUAUAGUGACUCCUAAAGGACCUUUCUGCAGGAUUUUGACAGAGAAGAUCUUCUACCGCUUUAUUUUGCGCGGUCUCAAAACCGAUGUAACAACGAUCAGAGGAUCACAAUCAUGGGGACUUCUAGUUCUUGUCAUAAACAUCGGCAAGGACCAGAAGGUGCUGAAUGAUCAAGCGUUUGCGAUCUUAGUCCUAAUGGCGCUGGUCACAACCUUCAUCACAACUCCGCUUCUGAUGGCGAUUUACAAGCCUGCGAGGAGAGGAGCACCGUACAAGCAUAGAACAAUCCAGAGAAAAGAUCAUGACUCCGAGCUACGGAUACUCGCUUGCUUCCACAGUACACGCAACAUCCCUACGUUGAUCAAUAUGAUCGAGUCAUCAAGAGGGACAGGACAAAGAGGACGUCUCUGCGUCUACGCUAUGCGUCUAAUGGAGCUCUCUGAACGGUCAUCAGCGAUAGCUAUGGUUCACAAAGCUCGUUUGAAUGGACUCCCGGCGUGGAACAAGGUCGAGAGAUCGACUGAUCAAAUGGUGAUCGCCUUCGAGGCUUACCAGCAUCUCCGAGCGGUAGCGGUUAGACCGAUGACGGCGAUCUCUGACCUUAGCAGCAUCCACGAGGACAUAUGCACAAGCGCGCACCUGAGACAGGAAAAUGGAUAG